AGCUCCAAAGCAAACAAGUCGAUGCGCGAGAACGCACCGCCGUGCGGGUUGGACGCGCACGGGGGAAGCCUGACAUUCCAAAUACGGUUUUUUAAAAAAUUAUUAUUAUUCAUAUUUAUUAUUAUUUAUUACGCUUCUGCUGGGAGACACGCAACCGGCAGCUGGAUUAUGGAACUGAAUGUCAUUCCACGCGCGGGUGCAGGUCUAGUCUGGUGACGUCACGCCGGGGGCAGGCUCGAGCGUGGGCGGGGCGGCGUGAAUUUGGUCCCACGCAAGCGGAGUUCGACCUUCUUCUCCUUCACUAUGGUCACGACUCGCGUGGACGCAGCUGCGGAGAAAACAGAGAAUUGCUCCAAGUUGCCCCCUUUUUUUUUUUUUUUGGUUUGUUUUAGGAUUCUAGAGGAGCCUUAGUUUCUCCUUCCCUCCCAUGUCGCCACGCGCGUCCGCUUCGGCGUGGACUUUUCUGCGCCUCGCUUCGUCGGAGCCACGCGCGGCGCAUGCAUCCGCAUCGCGCGGCUGACUUUUCUGCAUCCGUCCUUGUAAUCUCCUCCAAGGUGUCAUGAAUUUGGAGAGACUUUCCGAGGCCGCGGCGGCGGCGGCGCGGGCCCACGCCAAUCCCAACCCCCCUCCCCCUCCGCCUCCCCCUCCUCCUCAGGCGUCACGCGACUUGGGCCCCGCGUUCCACUUGCAGCCCAGAAGCUCCAACAUCAACACGAGCGCUCGCGGAGGGACUUUAGAGCAUUCGAGCAGCGAGUCUUCCGACGCCGAGUUGGCAGCGGAGAAGGAGCGAGCAGCCGGCGGCGGCGGCGGCGUCGGCGUCGGCUGCGGCGUCGUCGUCGGCGGCGAGGCGCUGGCGGGCCCCGACGACGCCAAGAAGAAGAAGCAGCGGCGGCAGCGGACGCACUUCACCAGCCAGCAGCUGCAGGAGCUCGAGGCCACCUUCCAGCGCAACCGCUACCCGGACAUGAGCACGCGCGAGGAGAUCGCCGUGUGGACCAACUUGACCGAGGCCAGAGUUCGGGUGUGGUUCAAGAACCGGCGGGCCAAGUGGCGGAAGCGCGAGCGCAACCAGCAGAUGGACCUGUGCAAGAACGCCUACCUGCCGCAGUUCGGCGGCCUGGUGCAGCCCUACGACGACAUGUACCCGGCGGCGGCGGCCGCCUACACCUACAACAACUGGCCCAACAAGAGCCUGCACGGGCCCAAGAACUUCCCCUUCUUCAACUCGGUCACGCAGUCCGUGUCGGGCAUGUUCUCGUCGUCGCCGGCGCCCAUCUCGGGCAUGAGCGUGCAGGCGGCCGCCGCCGCCGCCGCCGCCACCUCCUCCAUGCCCGGCAUGGGCGGCCCCCCGGCGCCGAGCCUCAACAACAUCGGAAACCUCAACCCGCCGGGCCUGAACGGCGCCGGCAUGUCGUCGCCGGCCUGCCCCUACGCGGCGGCGGCCGCGGCGGCGGCGGCGGCGGCCGGCUCGCCCUACGGCGUGUACCGGGACAACCCGGGCCUGGCCACGCUCAGACUCAAGUCCAAGCAGCACCACCACCACCACCAUCACCACCACCCCACCUUCGGCUACGGGGGCCUGCAGAGCCCCGCCUCGGGCCUCAACGCCUGCCAGUACAACAGCUGACCCCCACCCCGAGCCGCCGCACUUGUUACGAUGUACGGACAUCCCGUGUAAAUAGAGACAGGCUUUUAACGCGUGAAAAAUUGUCGCCCCCCCCCCCCCCCGCCCCACAACCCACCCCUCUUGGUGCUGAUUUGCUGGCUUUAAAGGACGUCAAACGAAAUGCUUCGAUUUCGACGGACAAAAAAAAGAAGAAGAAUUCGAGACAAGCUCCGGGUGUGUGAUUUUGUUUUGUUCAAAGUGUUUGUAGAAGUCGGGGCGGGGUUCGGGGGAGGGGGUGAAUCCUUUCCGUACGAUAUGUGCACAAGCCGCUAAACGCGUGUAUGGAAAUGGAAAAAUGCGGCUGCUGUGUUUUGCUUGAAUAAAGUGCAAGGAAAAUAUCCGUAGGA